AUGGCAUGGGAAGAACACUUAUAUAAUGCUGAAAAAAUUCACAAAACUGUUACCACAAAUCAUAUUACUGAUUCAAAUAAUUGUGAAAACCAAUUAGAAUCAAGUUUUGAACAAAGAAAUGAGAUAAACAACCCAAUUGCACUUGACCUUAAUGAAAAUAUGCAUAUUCUGAUACUUGAUGAUGCUAUUAUCAGAGAAUUGACUAAAGAUGGUGACAAUGAAAAUGAGGAUUUUGAAGAGUUAGCUACAACUUCUAACAUGCAAAACUGUCAUUCAGCUAAACAUGAAGGUUCAAAGAUUGAACUUAAAUACCUUUUUACACAUGCUUUAUCACAACUUUUAUUUGUUCGUACUCUUCAGGCUCGCGAAGAGAAUUGGACUUUUAGCUACAAAUUAUUGGUUGAUCUGAUUACACAGACCAAUAUGACCAAUAUGACCAUGAUUGAACUAGUCAUAUUGGUCAUAUUG